CAGCCUUCCUCCAUCACUAACUGACAGAGUAAGUGUCCACCAGGUCCAUUCGUGUUGCUGUCUGUCCAAUAGGAAGAGGAAGGAGGCGUUCCCCUCAGCUUCAUUCUCCAUUGGUGUGUUGACCACAACAGCAAACAGCCAGCGAGUAUACAACGAAUGUCAAACAAGUAAAGCACUAAACAGAGAGCUGCAGCUAUGGGCAAGUUCAAUUCUCACUUGGCCCACCCCAAAGACGAGAGUCAGGACGCACUGACGGCUUCUGGAGAGUACAGAGACGGCGAGGAGGAUGAAAAGAACGGAGACGUGUCUCAGUUCCCCUACGUGGAGUUCACUGGACGGGACAGCGUCACAUGCCCGACAUGUCAGGGCACCGGCAGAAUACCAAGAGGUCAAGAGAAUCAGCUUGUGGCUCUGAUUCCAUACAGCGACCAAAGGCUCAGGCCGAGCAGGACAAAGCUGUAUGUCACGAUAUCAGUGGUACUUUGCCUGUUGCUGUCUGGCCUGGCUGUUUUCUUCCUAUUCCCUCGCUCUAUUGAUGUCUCCUAUGUGGGAGUGAAGUCCGCCUACGUCUCCUAUGACUUGGAGAAACGCAUUGUUUAUCUCAACAUCACAAGCACUCUGAACAUCACCAAUAACAACUACUACACCAUAUCUGUGACCAACAUCACAGCACAAGUCCAAUUCUCCAAGACAGUGAUAGGGAAGGCCAAGUUCAACAACAGCUCAGUGAUCAUACCACUAGAUGAACGGCAGAUUGACUACACAGUUCCCACCACCAUCGCUGAUGAGAUGAGUUAUAUGUUUGACUACUGCACCUUGCCAACCAUUAAAGUCCACAACAUAGUGGUCAUGAUGCAGGUGACGGUGACUACGUCAUACUUUGGCCACGCGGAGCAGGUCUCCCAGGAGAUGUACCAGUAUGUGGACUGUGGGGGGAACACCACCUCCUUGCAUGGGCACGUGCAGGUCUACAAAUAAAGGACGCAAAAGAGCCCAGACAUCAAAUACUCACAGAGGGUCUCACAGAGAUAACUGGGCUGACUUCCACAUAGAAAAGCUUUGCUCAGUGACAAUGAAAUAAUGGACAGGGAAAUAACUUUUCUUAAACUAGUCAGUGGCUCAUCCAUUCUUUGAUUCCCAACCACUUUCUUCCCUUUACAGGUCAAAGGUGAUGAUUAGAUGAGUUAUUUUUGGUUGGUUACUUGUCAAACAGGCUGAUAAAAGCAGACAAACUUGGCUGCCACAGCCAGAAUUUUGCAGGCUUUGCCUUUAGGUUUGUUGUCAUUUUUCACCCUGGCGCCAACAAAAUAGACUGAUAUACAGUAAUAUAAUAUUCAAGUUAUUGGUUGACAUUCCCAUCAUGUCUACAAAGCAGUAGUUUCAGAUAUGACGCACUUUAACCCGAUCCUUAUCUUAAGAUAUAGAUAAGAAUGUUGCAGAAGUGCCCCCUACUACUUUAUACCACUUUUAAUGAAAAAACAAUAAGGUUCAAAAGUGAAAACCACUGAGUUGUUCCUAACCCCUUUUUCUGCCGUCUUUCCUUUUUAUUUUCUUUAAUAAAAAUAUAAUGAUUGAUAUUGUGUCUUGCGAAAUAGAAGACGUUUUAUCUAAUGUGAUUUGUUUUUUGUUUGCUUUUUGGCUCACAGUUCUUUGUUUUAAGCUUAAGUAUAAGUAGUAAAAGUCUUAUGUUUAGCUAUCAUUCACCUGAGAUUUAAAAACAAAUGUGACCACUACUGUAUGAAGACUGCUACAUUAUGAAAUAACUCUGUAAAAGGGAUAACUUCAUGUUUUAUUUUAUAGCAAAUGGAGCGUUAUAGUGGGCUAUAAAAUACAGAAUUGUAAAUGUAAAAUAUGUACUUUUUGUUUUUGCUUCAAAACAUGUUACAUCAAGAAUCAUUUCUGGAGUGGGAGCACCUUUUAAUAAGGUUCUAUUUUUGUGGGCUAUGGUGUUAUUCUUGAUAAUUAUUUGCUAUUUUAACCCACUGUAUAUAUAACUUGUAUCAUGAGUUGAGUGGUAUUCUUGAGGGUUGAAAUUAUGACUUUUGUCACUUUUACUACAUUACCAUUUUGGAUUGGCUGACGAGGCUCAGAAGUGAGAAAAACCAGCAUUCAAAUACUUUGCUAAUAUUUUACAUUUUUAAACAUAUAUAUUGUACUGAACGUCUGAUAAUGAACACCCAUAACAUUUGCCCAAACAAAUUCUUGUUUCUGAUCUUAGUUCAUUUGUGAUCUCACAAGUUUUUCUGACCGUUAAUCCAAUGCUAAUAAUUAGUCAUUCAUAAGAAAACUAACCAUAGAUCCAACCCUUCUUGAUAUUAGAUGACAGAAGGUGUAGAUAUGAAUACCUCUCUGUUACACCGUCACCUCUACACCUACACUGGUUUUGUGUUUUUCAUGCAUGAAGCUGAAAAUAAAGUCAUGACUUCAUUUUGAAA